AAAGGAAGCAAUGGGCGGAGAAGAGGCGGGCCCACAGUAAAGGGUAUUUAAGGCCAUGAAAGCGGCCGGGCUGUGGCACAGUCAUGAUUUUCCAUCCUGUGUCUGUCUCCAAUCUGGGUCGUUGUUUACAGUUGUAUCUGCUGGUGCAGCUACAGUUAACUACGAUGCCAGAACCACUCUACAGACAGAGCAAGAACUGCAGCACCGAUGAGCACUUGUCUGGGGACCACUGCUGCAAGAACUGUAGUGCGGGUGAGUUUGUCCAGGAGUCCUGCACAAUCCCCCACACCCUAGGACAAUGUGAGAAGUGUCAUCCAGGGACAUUCACAGAGGCUGGUAAUGGCCUAGAGUCUUGCAUACCUUGUUCCAGCUGUGGAAAAGACCAGGAAAAAGUGGCUGAUUGCUCUGCCACCAGUGACCGGAAAUGCCAGUGCCGAAUGGGUCAUUUCUAUUCUGACCCCGGAUCCAGUGAGUUCUGCCGCCAGUGUACCAAGUGUCCCCAGGGAGUCCCUGUCCUCCAGAGAUGCAACUCCACAUCGAACACAGUGUGUGGUCUGGCUGCUACAAGUCACAGAAACCGGCUAUACCUACUCAUGAGUCUUCUAGUCUUGCUUGUUAUUGCCAUUGUCUGCUGUUGCCUGAAAAAACAAAGUCCCUGUCGGUGUCAUCAUUGUAUGCAGUCCUCUGGUGAUGUCACUUGGGAACAAAUGACAGGUUAACUGAAGGCAAGUCCUGUGAGUCCAGCUCCAAAAGAAGCUCAGAACAAACAGCUACCCAUGGUGCCUAUGAGAAUACCAAAGAGCAUGCUGGCCUUCAGGCCAACUCAGUACCUGUGGCUCUUCUCACCUUGAACUUCUGGAGCUCAUGGGCUCCCCUUUCCCCAGUUUCUCAUUCCUAUAUAACUCUGAUGUUUAGCCUUUUGCCUUCUUAGUUAUCCCUCUCUUGGCAUUCUCUUGCCCCCUCUUUCUUGAUCCUUUCUUAUCUUCCUUUUUCCCUCCCCAUUCACCACCCCUUCUUCUCAUGGCCCAGUUCAGUCUUCUGGCCAUGUUUAGCCUGCUACUUUCUCUCUGUGUUCUGGACUCUUCCAGAAGCCUCAUAUCUACAAUAAAAACCUUCCCCCAACUGUAA